CAAUGGUCUCUUUCGUAUGCAAUAUGUAAUAGUUAAUGGUAAUAAUAAGGAUAGACAGCAAGGUGAGAUGUCCCAAAUUAAGGUGAUUUGUGAUUUGGAUUAAUGUCCCUUUAUGAUUUAUUGGGGCUGUUUGUCUUCCAAUGGACUCGUAUAGAUUGAUCACGAUGGGGAUGAAGUGUGUUUGUUAUCAUGUGCCUUUUUCGCAAUUUCUUGAGGCAUACGACUACUUAGUAACUUAGUGACAUAUCCUCUUAUUUAUUCACUGCUGAGGGAGCUCUUCGAUUUCCUGGAACAGAGCGCCUUUCAUGUCUUUCACUUUUUUUUUUUUUUUUACUCUUUUCUACUCCUAUGUGAAUUUAACUUGUACAUUUAACGAUUUUCUCCAUUGUCAAAGGAUUGGUUCGAAUGUUUAUAAUAACGAAUUUUUCACAUGUUCAUUUCACUCUCCUCUACCGCCGUGCGUGUUGUCACUGCAGGUCCCGGAGCAGCGAGUGACGUCAUCACGGUGCGCACCAAAGGCAACAGACCAGCCUCACCUCCCCAGCACCGCCUGGUUGCCGUCAACGCCUCGGCGGCCACCAUACGCCUCGCCUCCUGGGCCGAUAAGCACUGCCCGAUCACCGCCUUUGUCGUCAAGCUCAGGCCGUCCACGAGCAGGGAGUGGCAGAUCGUGAGUGGGCGCCUGCCUGGAAAGCAAGCUGAGUACACGAUGGGGGACCUGAUGCCCUCCACUCCAUACGAGCUCAGCCUCACCGCCACCAACCCGGCCGGUGACACCACCACCACCUACUCCUUCACCACGCACAGGAUUUUGGGAGAUCGCCUGCAAGAGGGAAUGGGACCUAUUGGGGGCGGGAUGCUCGGGUCUCCAGGAGGUCGCGGCCCGUCACCCGAGGACGUGUUCACUGACCCAGCCUUUAUUGUCCCCAUCGUCAUCUCCUGCAUCGCUCUCGUCUCUAUUAUCAUCGCCAUCACACUCUGCCUCAGGAGAAGGCCUAUAACAGGGCACGAAAGUGGGGGGCAGGGCGAGGAAGGUGAUCCGUCUCUCAACCCUGCAGCGGAGAAUAAGAGCAACCUAGCAGCGCGGGAGCAGUACUACGCCACAGUCAGGAAGCCAGCGCCCUCCCCGAUACACGACGUCAACGCCUUGGAGAGGAUACCAGAAUACGCAGAAGACAUAUACCCUUACGCCACUUUCCAAAUCCAGCGUCAGGAAGACUCCAUCUCCACGCACUUCCAGACCUUUGUGUAUCAAGACCCCCGCAGGGCUACUGUGGAGACCCUGGCCUAUAGGAAGGGAGGUAACGGGAACGGAGAGGGAAGAAGUGGAAGGGAAGGCGGCGGUGGAGGAGGUGGUGGAGGUGGAGGCGGAGUAGGAAGGGGAGGAGGAGGAGGUGGAGUCGGAGGUGGAACGCCAGGCAUGGGAGGAAAGGGAGGAGGACAAGGAGGGGGAGGUGGUGGAGGUGGAGGAGGAGUAGGAGGAGGAGGUGGAGUAGGCGGUAUUGGUGGUGGAGGUAAUGGUGGUGGUGGUGGUGGUGUUGGGGGCGGGGGAGUUGGCGGCGGCGGAGGAGGAAUCGAGAGAGACAGUGACGACUACGCGAGAGUGAAGAGGUGUCGUCUCAAGUACGGCGGGGAGAGUGAAGACUACGACGACAGCUUCAACAGCGACACAGACACCGAUCACGCCCCCUCGUCUAGAACAGAGAGCUCCUCCCACCUCGACGACGCCCACCACACGCCCCUAAAUUCCAGGAACCACCACCACAACCUCCUGUACGUGGCCUCCGACGCCAGCACGGUCGCUUCACCCCUGCAGGAGAGGAAGAGCCUCCCCCGCCGCUCCCGCUCCAGGUCCAGCGGGAGUGGGAACUACGCCGCGCUGGGUGCCGGCAACAUGGGGUUAGUAAACUCCUGCAAGGGUGGCGCGGCGGUCGGCACAGGCGUCAUGACAACGGGCGGCAAAGCUCGCUCCCACGCCCACAGCCAAUCCGCUCACCACACCAAAAGUUCCGAGGGUCUGGAGAUGAGUGAAACGGAGGUGGACCGAGACAACAGACGGCGGAUCAACGACAACAGAAGACGCCACACUAGCUUCUCCAUCGCUGUUUAGCGGCUCCGUGAUGCUUUUCUAGCCUAGUUAGCUGGGACGUGAUGUGUGUGCGUGUGCGUGUGUCUUUGUUCUAGGGAUGCCGUGUAUAACAGAUAAAAUUAAUCGAACGGAUGAAACCAAUUACUGUUUUCUUUGAUUUUUCUUGUAAAAAAUACAUUAAUAUUUUGGACACAAGCCCCACCAAGGGGUCAGCCUGCCUCGUCCCAAGACAGGUCCCGUCUGCCUGACAGUCCAAAUCGUCCCCAAGUGCCAGCAGCUUUACGGGGCUUAGUCUUGGUCAGAUAAAGAAUGUCGUGCCACGUAGUCUUGGGAGAAGUAUAAGGUCUGUGUUGUCUGUCCUUUUAUGAGGCGGCGUACGAGUGUGUAGGGAUAUAUGCGUGUAUAUACGUGUGUGUGUGUGUGUGUGUGUGUGUGUGUGUGUGUGUGUGUGUGUGUA